AUGGAGGAGGCCAGGCAAGAGCCAGCAGCGCCGCGAGCCGUCAGGAUCUGCCGCAUCUGCGUGGAUCCCCUCCGCAGCCCCGCUGCCGUGGAGCCCUGCGGACACGUGUUCUGCCACGCCUGCAUCCAGCCCCGGGCUGCCCCCGACGCCGCUGCCACCUGCCCCAUCUGCCAAGAGCCCAUUGGGGCCAUCCGCCUGCUGCAGGGGCAGGACAACCGGCACGACAGGACUCGACCCCCUAACUUCGGCAGCCAGCUCAGCCCCGUGCAGGAGGAGGCCCGCGCCUCUGCCCCCAGCAGCCGCCCGGCCCGGCAGGGGAUGGAGCCCGGCAGGUCGGUGCCGGCGGAGCUGAAGCUCCGCAAGCCCUCGCAGCGGGCCAGGAUCCCGGCGCCCUUCCUCGCCCACCCGGACGGGACGGCUGGGCCGGUGGGGCCCCCCUGGCCGAACCCCGCGGAGGUAGACGUGGACUCCCUGGUGCCCACGCACGAUGAGCGGGGCCGGCUCAUCCCCGAGUGGAAGCGGCAAGUGAUGGUGCGGCGGCUGCGGGCCCGACUGGCGGACGAGGACCCGGCGGGAGGGCAGGUACGAGGGGCACGGGGAGUAGAAGGGGCAUGGGGCUCCUGGAGCUUCUCGCGCUCCCACCAGGCCGUGCUGGGUCCGUUCGGGGAGCUGCUGACCGAGGCAGACCUGCAUCAGUUGGAGAGGGCAGUGGAGAGCCUGCGGCUGCGGCGGCGCGGCGAGGUGUACCAGGGCGAGCUGCGGCGCCUGGUGCGGGAGCUACGCGCCCUCUUGCCCGCCCCGCUGCUCAGCAUUUCCGUCCGCAGCCCCCCGCCUGCCCCGGGGCAGCCCCUGCCCCUCUGGUGCGGCCGCCUGGCCGGAGCCGUCAACAGCCUGGCAGCGCUGCUGGCCCACGCCGAGGGGGUGCAGGGUCCCCGCGCUGCCGUCACGGCGCCCGCCGCCACCUCCGCUCUCCCCGCCGCUACCUCGGCUCUCCCCGCCGCCGGCGGGCAUCCCCGGGAGCCUGGGGGCAGCCUGGCGCAGCGGGAAAUCCGGCAGUGCGGAGUCUGCGUCCGCAGCCUGCGCGGCGCCUUCGAGCCCGCCUGGGGGGCCGCGGGGAGCGCGCCGGCCGGGGGCGGCGAGGCGGAGGCCGCCAGCGACUCAGGCAUCAGCUGCGAGGAGGCGUUUUCCGACGGCGGCGGCUCCUCGGGGAAGGGGCAGGGGCCGGGGCCAGAGUGGGGCAGCUUGAGGAAGGAACGGAUCGUGAUGCUCUUCCUGAGCCACUGGAGACGCUCCGCUUACGCGCCCUUACGGCCCGCCGCCGGGGACCCUCGGGAGACAGCGGGAAGCGGGGCGCGGGCGGCGGCCCGCUUGGCGCGGCAGAGGGCGGCCAUCCAGAGGCUCCUGAGCGGCUGGAGGGACGCCGCCUCCCGCCGCCCCCCGCCGCCGCCCCCCGCUCGCACCCUGCUCUCCCCGGAGCAGUUCGUGUCGGUGGCGGGGGGCGGCCCGGCCGAGUACGAGAGCCUGUCGCUGGAGCUAUUCAUGCUGGGCUAUUUCCGCAUCUUGGAGCAGGACCUGCCCCCCGAGGAGCGCCGAGGCCGCCACCUGCUCUGUUUCGAGGUGUUUGAGCAGCUGGGCCGGCAUGGCUGGCGGGCUGUGCGGGCCUUCCACCGCGCCGUCAUCGACGAGAUCGCGGCCGGGCGGCGCGGCUGGCGCGACGGCUUCGACGACAUCAAGGCACGGUACUUCGGGACUUUGCACAGCCCGGCCCAGCGGCCUCGGGAGCCCGGGGAGGACGGGGAGGAGAUUUGCCGCUACAUCGAUCGCAGCUUUGCCUUUUGGAAGGAGAAGGAGGCCGAGAUCUUCAGCCUGGAGGAGUGAUGCCG